CUCUGCCUUAGUCCCUGCUGUGAGUCUGGUUGACCUACGGUAGCUUCCAAGAUGUCCCAGCAAUACACACUGCCAGUGACUGUCCCCGCUGCCCUCACUGAUGAAUCCUCGAAGACUGUUUCUCCUUCAGCUCAUAUGGAGCAGGAACAAAUGAAGCAGCCGACAUCACUGCCUACCCCAUGCCAGAAGGUGCCCUCUGAGCUCCCAAUGGAGGACACCUCAAAGCAUGAGGAGAAAUACACAACUCUUGUGAAGGAGCUGCCUGAGCAAGAGUGUGAGCAGCAGCAGCAGCAAAGAGAAACACAGGAGCAGAAGCUGUAUUUGGGACUGCAGCAGCAAGAGCACCAAGAGACUCAGGAGCAAGAACUGCACCUGGGACAUCAGCAGCAAGAGAAGCCUCAGGAGCAGAAACUGCAUCUGAGACAGCAGCAGCAGGAGGAGCCACAAGUACAGGAGCUGCAUCUAGGGAAACAACAGCAGCAGGAGCCACAGGAGCUGAACCUAGAACAACAGAAGCAGCAGCAGGAGCCACAGGAGAAGGAACUGCAUCUGAGACAGCAGAAGCAUCAGAAGCCACAGGAACAAGAACUGCAUUUGGGAAAGCAGCAGAAGCAGGAACCACAGGAGCAGGAGCUGCAGCAUCUGGGAAAGCAUCAGCAGCAGGAGCCACAGGAGCAGGAGCUGCAUUUGGGAAAGCAGCAGAAGCAAGAACCACAGGAGCAGGAGCUGCAGCAUCUGGGAAAGCAGCAGCAGCAGGAGCCACAGGAGCAGGAACUGCAUCUGGGAAAGCAGCAGCAGCAGGGUCCCCAGGAGCAGGAGCUGCAGCAUCUGGGAAAGCAGCAGCAGCAGCAGGAGCCACAGGAGAAGGAACUGCAUCUGAGACAGCAGAAGCAUCAGAAGCCACAGGAACAAGAACUGCAUUUGGGAAAGCAGCAGAAGCAGGAACCACAGGAGCAGGAGCUGCAGCAUCUGGGAAAGCAUCAGCAGCAGGAGCCACAGGAGCAGGAGCUGCAUUUGGGAAAGCAGCAGAAGCAAGAACCACAGGAGCAGGAGCUGCAGCAUCUGGGAAAGCAGCAGAAGCAGGAGCCACAGGAGCAGGAACUGCAUCUGGGAAAGCAGCAGAAGCAAGAACCACAGGAGCAGGAGCUGCAGCAUCUGGGAAAGCAGCAGCAGCAGGAGCCACAGGAGCAGGAACUGCAUCUGGGAAAGCAUCAACAGCAGGGACCCCAGAAGCAGGAGCUGCAGCAUCUGGGAAAGCAGCAGCAGCAGGAGCCACAGGAGCAGGAGCUGCAGCAUCUGGGAAAGCAGCAGCAGCAGGAGCCACAGGAGCAGGAACUGCAUCUGGGAAAGCAGCAGCAAGAACCACAGGAACAGGAGCUGCACCUGAGAGAGCAGCAGCAACAGAAACCACAGGAGCUUUACCUGGGAAACCAGAAGCAGCAAGAACCACAGGUGCAGAAUCUGCAUCUGCGAAUGCAGACGCAGUGGGGACAGCAACAACAUGAAGAACAUCAGGGAGCAGAAAAUCUGGAGCAAGAGAAAACACAACGGGAGCAAAAGUUGAAGGAACAUCUGAAACAGGAGACACAGCUUUUGGACCGGAAACUGGAGUGCCUGGAGCAACAUGAGAAGCAUGUGGAGCAACCUGUGUUUAUUCCAAUCCCAGCCCAGGUCCAAGAGACCCAGUCAGAUAUCCUGAAGAGAGAAAUUCCUGCACCCUGUAGGGAAACAGCAGCAGAAGCAGGUGUUAACUUGACCACCAAACUUAAAUAGCUACCUCCAGUGUCCCAGAGACCCACAGACCAUCCCACACAAGGGAAGAGAGAACCACUGGUAUCACUUUUGUCUGGUCCCUGAGUAGCCCGCUCAUCUGUGAACCUAAAUGUCUGUUUAGGGGCUGGAAAAGAGGAAGUUAUACCCAGCACCGACCUCCAAGAAGCCCAAUUGUAAUCCUGGGCAUUCAGAGCCUCUGCCUGAAGGACUGUCAAGAUUAUAUCAACUCAAACUUCACCCCCAGUAUUAUGAUGGAAUCUGCGAGUGUAUACAAUAAUACAUAAUA